CUCUGACGUGUCUGCCUUCUGUGGUUUGCAACGGUUUGUAGCCGGUUAAGGACGUAUUUUUGAAUGUUUAUUAAUUGAGAUUUUGAAGAAGUCUUUGAUUUAAUACGGUUAGUGGCCGGAGGUGAAAUUUGUAGUCAUUUGAUAAGGAGCCUAUUAAAAAUGCCACGGAAAAAAAAACCACAGGAACAAAUGCAAGAAGUUGAAGACUUUCAAAUGAGAUCACACAUCGAAGACACCUCUAUUUGUCUCACUCCCACAUCAAAAGAUGAAAUUCCAAUUAUGCACUCUCUACCACAGGAGGCUCACUACGAGACACCUGAUGUUAGCUUAAAUUAUUUUGGUGUAAAGGAGCUUUUUAGUUCUAGAACUGGUUGUUACACUAGCUCUCGAAUUGAGGCGCACACACCUCUCCAUGCAAUCACACAAACACCUCAAAUUAGUCCAUUUAAGCGAACAGAUUCUAGUUGGAACAGCGCCGCUUGUGUUGAAGAUCUAAAUAAUUUACAAGGAAUGAAUGUGCAGCAAAGGGGUUUAAGUUGCAGUCGAACUAUUAACAGGGUUCGUUUAGAGCAUCUUCGGCAAUUUAAUGACAUUAUUCAAAACACUUCACAAGGGGAAUGUCUCGAAAGUAGCUGUGCAGUUGAUAAUGACACUGAGCAUUCAUUUUAUACCCCCUCACUGUUACAGUGCAAUUUUACUUCAACACCAUCAGUCGCGAAUAUCCAAAUGGUCCAAAUGAGCUCAUCACAGCCGACGCUUUCACGUAGACGUACCUAUAAAACAUCGGAGUCUGUAAAGUUUCCACCUAUGAAACGGAUCUCAAACGAGCAUUCAUUUGAGACGUGCACAAUCGAGGUGUAUACACAUAACAGUUCUAAACUGGAGAAGUUCAACAAAAAAUAUCAAUUGUUCAUCCAGGUUAUCGAAUUGUGUAUGUGGCUGUGGACCACAUUGAAGGAGGGCUUAAUUUCAGUCUACAAUUUGUACAGUACGCAAUAUUUCACGCACUCUGUCUGUAACAACUGUAUCAAAUAUCACAACAAGAUCACAGAGUUAACCAGUAGUGUAGAAAAUUUGCACUCCGAGAUGUUGAGAAUGCGCGAAGAAAACAAGAAAGACUGGGAAAGGAUGCGGGACGACAACAAGAAAGACUGGGAAUCUGUCAAACAACAGUUGUUGAAUCUUGAGCAAAAUAGAAGAGACUUGGUUAGCACUGGUGCGGUAGCGCCCGUGCAGCUUAUACCUCCACCACCACCACCACCUCCUCCUCCAGUACUGGUUCCACCCACAGUACCUGUGGCUGUGAGCAAGACUAAAUUAGUAGACAAGAAGAAGCCAAGAGAAAUAGUGCAACCAAUCAUUUCACUUGAUGACAUUUUAAAAGUGAAACUCAAGAAAGUUAGUGACCCACCAAGUUCAAAGUUUAGACGUGCCACUGAACCGAACCUGGUGAGCAGUGUAAAAACUUUGAGACCCAUUAGACGACAGAAUAGUUUGAUGUCCACUUCAGUUACGCCAGAUAAUCUAUCUUCGUCUUUGCUGCGUAUGUUAUCAAGCGUUGAUACAGGUUCACAUAAGGUCAAAAGGUUGCAGCGCUCCAACUCGAGCCCACAAUUCAAACGUGAACGAGAAUAGAUUAUGCAAGAUAUUUUCCUUUGUGUUUUACUUCCUGAUAAACUAAUUAAAAAUAAAAGUAAAAAUCUAUUAUCAUUUUAACAUGUGACUUGGUAUUGUGAUAAUUUUUAUAUUGUGAUAAUGUGAUAUGUUUAUAAUAAAAAGCUAUCAAGUUUUUGCAUGUUA